CUGACAUUUGAAUGAUAAGUUGACCAAAAAUAUUAACCUAAUACUCUUAGUCAUACUAAUAUUCCAGGCCCAAUAUAUGUUUGUAAUUAACUACGCUGAACAACAAAAUAACAUGGCUAAUACAACAACAACAUCCUAGCCUUAUCCCAUUAAGCGGGGUCGGCCACCUUGAUCAACUUUCGCCAUAAUGCUCUAUCCAGAACCAUGCUUCUAUCCAAAUCGUUAAUCUUGAGAUCUUUCUUAAUAACUUAUCUUAUAGUCUUUCUAGCUCUUCUUCUUCCUCCAGUGGUAUGAUUUCUCUCCAUCUGAUCUACUCUCCUUACUAGUUAUAUAAAAUUGCAGACAGACCUUGCAAGCUUUCUAGAUGAUCCUGAAUAUCGCCUACGAUUUCUUGCCAUGCUAACGGGUCCUUUUUAUCCCAUUCUUCAUGUUGCGAAUGGAAGGUUUGUUUGCUUUUUAUAUCCUCUUCAUAUCCAAUUAUUUGUCACCCGCGGGAAGUUUUAUUUGGUUUGGAUUUGUUUUUAUUAAUAAUAAUUCCUGAUAUUGGUUUGAUAUUCUUGACUAAUGUCAUGUACGAUCAUUACUUUUAGCAAUGAAAUAUUCUGUUACAUACAAACACAACGAGUAUAUGUGUUGAAAUAUUCUUUUAGCAAUGAAACUCUAACACUAUGUAUGGGUCAGUAGAUUUGCAAAUGAGAAAAAUAAGAAAGUGAUAGAUAGCAGAGAAAUAGGGAGAGAAUUUUUAUGGAUGGGAUCUAGACCUAGCAAAAAAAUCUCGCAUCUACGUACUGCAUUUGCUUUUGCAUUGCACCAUGAACUGCAUGAUAGUGAAGUGCAAUUAGAUUGCCAUAAAUGAGUAUUUAAGAACUAGUAACUAGAGGUGCAUAAAGAGAGACAUGAAGAGUAACUAAAUAAAGGUAAUCUAUAUCUUAACUUAUUGGUUGACAGUUGAAAUUGCAUAAUUUUAGAAGGAAAAUGUGGAAACUUGUUUCAACAACGAAAGUUAUCUGAGACACUUAUCAACUACAUGUAUUUAAAUUCCAGUCACAGAAUAAAUUUGUCAUUUGUUAUUUUUAGUUGUUUCUUUCUACUCAUUCAAAUAAGUGAAGAAAAGUUUUAGUAAAUAUUUUUUCCUACUUAUAUUCAUCAAAACAACUUAGAUUUUAUCUUCUAUUUCACUUCUCUUUUAUUUAUCUCUUUCAUAUUACUCUCUUCCAUGUUUCUUUUGGCACCCUCAGAUCCCUUAGAUCAGCAUCAGUAUUGAUUCAAGUUUUCUCUGCAAUUUGGUCAGGACAGUUCAGAAUUUCUAUGGUUGCUAGCAAAGUUUGCGGUUUUGUUUCGUGUUUGUGUUAUUGGUUUUUUACGGUAAGCUAACGGUUUCAACAUAGUUUCGAGUUGUGCUAUGAUAAUGAUUGGCCUCUAUUUUAUGAGUGCCUACAUCAAGGGAAUGUAUUUGAUUGUUUAUUGACUUUUACUGAUAUCAUGGGCAAAAAUGAUUUCCAUCUUAUUUGAUUACUUGACGAUACUCUAGUGUAUCUGUCCUUACGAACUUAUGUAUCAUAUAGAUUGUAUCCAGACAACUUUCUGAACCAAUUCGCUCCCACAAGGACCUGGAUAAAGAUUCUGUGCCACAUUACCAUAAAUGUGUGAAAUUCUAUGAUGGGCUUUCGAAGCAGCCUGUACAUCAAGGUCAUGUGCUGGAUCUUUUUGCUUGUGCUCUUGAUCAGUGGGAUAUUUGAGAUAAACUGCUCAAAGGACAUCAAAGUCCAAGGGAUUGUUGGCCCUUGUGCUUCUCUUGAAAAGAAAAGCCCAUUAUGCUCAGAUGCUGUUAUUGAUCAAGGGGGUACUAGUGCAUGGAAGAUGUGCGGCCUUGACAAAUCAACAUCACUAUGUCUGUUUUUUGACAUUGUGAGGAAGGAGACUCCUAACGCUACGAUGCAGUCCACAAGCAAUCAGUUUUACUUCCAAAUCUUGACUUAUUAUCAGAAUAACAGUGGACAAAUGAGAUUUCGGGUUACAACCCUUUCACGUAGAUGGGUUGCUGGGCCAGGAAGUAUACAGGACUUGAUUUCUGGAUUUGAUCAAGAAGUAGCUGCUAUAGUCAUGGCACGUCAAGUGUCAUUCAAAAUGGAAACAGAGGCAUUUGCUCAGUUGCUUCGAGCUCCUCAUGAUGAUUCAGAUUUAAUAAUGAAAGAUAGAUUUCCCAUGCCUCGCCUAGUGGUUUGUGAUCAUAAUGGAUCCCAGGUUACAUUCAUAUACUUUGAAAUAUCUUGUUUCAUAUUAGUAUUUUUUGUUUAAUGUGACUUUGACCAACUAUUUUGGCAUGUGACAUACCUGGGUAUAAAGUUUACAAUUUCUUUUCCAUGAAUGUUUUUAUGUCAAAUUUUUU